AUGUUCCAACACAAUAUUCACGCUCGCUUUGCUGAAUUCAGCUUAGAGCCUCGUGUUCUCCUUGCUAUCCUCGCGGCCAGAAAUUGGGCCUCCUUCAGAACUCCUCGAAUACCUCGAAGAUAUUACAAAUUAAAACACUAUCCUAUCACGGUCCAUUAUUAUCACUCUGAAACCGACCCUCCCAGUCUAAAUUAUCCAACCCAAUCGUCUCGUCCGGCGUUACGAGCACGUCUACCUUCCAAUCGUGUGCGCCAGUCGGUACUGGGCCAGCUAUCCGUUCCCUUUCCCUUUCCAUCUCUCUUUUUCUCCCUUCCCCUUCCCCCUCUCCCUCUCCUCCUUCCCCCUCCUUAUCUGCAUCUCCUUUAUCUCCGUCGAGCUCUAAGAGCUGCUCGCGCAGGCCUAAGCCGACUAUACACGCGCCGUCGGCGAGAGGGCAGAAAGGGGUCGGGGUUGAGGUGGGUGCAGUACGAACAAAAUCCAAGCCCAAGGAAAUUGGGGUCAAGUUAA